GGUUCAAGUUGAAUUCUAUAUGAAUGAAAAUACAUUUAAAGAGAGACUAAAGCUCUUCUUCAUCAAAAACCAAAGAUCAAGUCUGAGAAUACGAUUAUUCAAUUUUUCUCUCAAGCUACUAAGCUGUUUCUUAUACAUAAUUCGUGUGCUCCUGGAUGAUCCUGCACAAGCACUUGGAUGUAAGGAAUUAAACCGGAGUUGUUCCAAUCAAAACUACACACCUGGAACAAUUGAUUGGUCUCCUAUUAUUUGGGUGAAUCGAAGCUUGCCUUUAUGGGGAUUACAGGUUUCUGUGGCUUUAAUAAGUCUCUUUGAAACACUGCUGCUGAGUUAUCUAAGCUACAAGGGAAAUAUCUGGGAACAAAUUCUGAGAAUACCCUUUCUCCUGGAAAUAAUUAAUGCUGUCCCUUUCAUCAUCACGAUUUUCUGGCCAGUCCUAAGAAACCUGUUUAUUCCUGUAUUUUUAAAUUGUUGGCUCGCAAAGCAUGCUUUAGAGAAUAUGAUUAAUGAUCUUCACAGAGCCAUCCAACGCACACAGUCUGCGAUGUUUAACCAAGUCCUCAUUCUAAUAUCUACCUUACUAUGCCUUAUCUUCACUUG